AUGGCGUCUUCAACGCAAGACGAACAAGUCCACCACCGCAUGGAAGAAGACGCACUCGACGACGAAGACCUGAACAACGAACAGAAAGUGGAACCUGAAGUCAAAGUAGCCGAUGACAACAAGAUCGUUGCCUCAGAGUCAGCGACAAGCGAACAAGAAGUCAAAGAUGCUAAUCAAGAAGACGAAAGCAGAGGAGGGACGAUGACAACAACAUCACCACCAAGAAGCUUAACUCAAGAAGAAGAAGAAGAGUUAAGGGAAAAGGAGGCUCGAGCCUCAGCAAUCCUUCUGUCUAUGUACUACGACGCAGUCCCACCUAAGAAUCCAUCCGUGCUCGAAAUAGACGAUCACGAAAAAGACGACUCGGAACAAACCUUGAGGUUCCUCACCCGAUGGAAAGCUCCGGAUCUUCCACCGAACAAGAUCAUUCACCACUUGAUCGAGCAAUGCAGCAGACCGAUCCAAAAGCAGCUGACGACGAGCGACGUGAACUCUAGGAAGCUGUCUUUACCGAGGAAGAAGUUUCAGCAGCUUCUGGACGAAACAGAGGCAGCGCGAGGGAGAAAGGAGACUAGGGUUUCGGUUUACGGACCAGACGGGAAGGUUCAUGAGAUGUGGGUUGGUGAUAAGGAGAGGUCUUCGUUUGAGUUGACGUUAGGGUGGAGGAAGUUCGUCGUGGAUUAUGGGCUCAAGGAGUGUUGUGACUUCAUCACUGUGUGGAUGUUUAGGCGCAGAGACACGCAAGGGAUUUGCUUAGCUGUGGAUGCCAUACGGUUUUCGUUCAGGAAAGAGGUUAGUAAGAGGAUCUCUCAGGCUGCUUUCGAGGAUGAUGAUUAG